AUGCAGGGAGAGAGUGAAGAUGUGAAGCCAAAUCAAGAAAGGAGAUUGAAAUCGACACAAGGAGACGAUCAACAGCAGCAGCAGCAGCCACCACAAAAAUGCCCUCGCUGUGAGUCCCUGAAUACCAAGUUUUGUUAUUACAACAAUUACAGUCUAUCUCAGCCUCGAUACUUCUGCAAGACUUGUAGAAGGUAUUGGACACUUGGGGGCACCCUGAGGAGUGUUCCUGUAGGAGGUGGUUGCCGCAAAGGAAAGCGCGCAAAAACACCAUCAUCUUCCAGUUCUGGCGAGAACUCACGGUUGCAGCAACAAUCGCAACUUUUGCAGCAUAACUUGGCAACCCCACAAAUUAUCCUAUCUUCUACUAAUUCAGGUAAUUCUUUAACUCCUGCUUUGAGGACCAAAGAAUCAGGGAAUUUGGCUUCACCUCCUCCUGGGAUGUCUUCGAUGGGGUCUUAUUUUCCUGGUGGUGGAUUCUUGACUUCUUUAGAAGCAAUUCAGUCUUUGAAUAAUAACCAACCACCAAUGCAGUCUUUCUCUCUUCAGCAUCUAAAUCAACCUGUCAAUCUUGGUGGAGAUUUAGGAGAUACUUCAAAUUUGGGUCUUUUGCAUGGUUUCAGUGCAGUUCCUGCAGCUUUUGGGUUACAAAAUCAACAGCAAAGGCAAUUCUACCAUGUGGGUAGUAGAGAUAACAAGAGCGUAGAACAUUCUUUUUAUCCACAUGAUCAAGAGAGCUUGAUUCAGUCAAGAAGGCCUGCUGCCACUUCUCAUCAGCAGCAAAAUUGGCAUCAAGGUUUUAUGAGCAAUAGUAACCCUACUGUCUCUGAUACUGCUUUGUGGAGUACAAGCACCAGCACCACCGUAGGGCAUACUAACAGUAACAUUAACAACACUGCUGGCUCCUCUUCUUUCAAUCAAGAUCAAUGGCAUCAUGAUCUGCCUGGAUAUGGACCUCCAUCAUGA